AUGGCGCCCGGCGUCUUCGGCCGCUACGUGGCGCCCGAGUGGGGGUGCCUCGCCGUCGGCGGCGCGUCGCUGUGCGUGAGCGCCUUCUCCAACGCCUUCGCGCCCAAGGCCAUGGGCCGCGUCGUCGACGCCUACGCCAAAAGGUCAAAAGACGGGGGCGCGGGCCUCCGCGUGGAGCUGCGGCGCACGGCGUGCGUCUUCGCCGUCGGCGCCCUGGCCAGCGGCGUGCGCGUGUCCUGCUUCUCGCGCGCGCUGCAGAAAGCGCUCCGGCGUUUGCGCGCGGACGUCUUCGACGCGGCCCUCCGGCGAAAGGCCGCGUUCUUCGUGCUCGGAGAACAAUCCGGCGACGACCGCCUCGACGCCGACGCCGUCGCGACGGCCGUCGAGCGCGACGCCUCCGUGGCGCUCGCGGUGUGCACGGAGCAGCUGCAGAACGCGUUCCGCUACGCGUCGAGUCUCUUCAACGGCGGAUCGCAGCUCUUCGCCCUCUGCCCCGGCCUCGCGGGCGAGCUCCUGACCUGCGUGCCCGUGCUGGCGGUCCUCGUGCGCGGCGCGUCCAAGUCCGUCGCGAAGCGCGGCGCCGGCGCGGAACACGCGGAGAAGGCGCUCGCCGUCAAAGCGCGCGACCUGGCCCGGAGCGACCGCGCGCACUCGGUCAAGCUCGCGGGCGGCGACGCCGUCGAGGCGGCGCGCUUCGCGGAGCUCGCCGACGCGGCGCUACACGCCGGCGUCGCCCACGGCGUCGCGCGGGGAGCGCUCCAGGGCGUCCUCGACGUCGUCGGCAAACUUACCGUCCUCGGCGUCGUCUUUCGCGGGGGCCACCGCGUGGAGCGCGGCGACCUCUCCGGCGGCGACCUGCUGGCCUUCGCCUUGUACGCGGGCUACGCGUCGCUGGGGCUCGCGGGUCUGGCGAAGUUCGCGGCGUCGGAGCUGAAGGCGGGGAAACGAGCCGCGAAGGCGUGCCUCCGGGUGCUCGCGCUCGCGGACGUCGACGCGGCGUCGGCGGCGCUGUUGGACGGCGCGGCGGACGCGGGGGGCGCUGGUGUUACGCCGGACCACCUCGUGCUCGACGACGUGACCUUUGGGUACGCGCCGACCGCGCCGCCGGUGCUCAAAAACUGCUCGCUCCGCGUGGCCCGCGGGACGUCGCACGCGCUCGUCGGCGCCUCGGGCGCGGGCAAGUCGUCGAUCCUGCGGCUGCUGCUGCGCCUCUACGACGCGGACGCGGGGGUCGUCCGCGUCGACGGCGCGGACGUCGCGAAAAUGGCGCCCGGAGACCUCGCGGGCCUCCGGAAGGCGCGCGCGGCCGUCGUCGAGCAGGCGUCGCUCCUGCUGUCGUCCGGGUCGCGCGUCGUCGACGCGGUCACGUACGGCGGGGAGCCCGUCGUCGACGCGAACGUCGAGGCCGCGGCGGAGGCCGCGGUCGCCGGCGGCUUCAUCCGCGAGCUCGACGGGGCCUUCCUCGCGGAGAUCGGCGCCACGGGCGACCGCCUCAGCGGCGGCCAGCGGAGCCGGCUGUCGGUCGCGCGCGCGCUCGCGCGCGACGCCGCGACGUUCUGGCUCCUCGACGAGCCCACGGCCGCGCUCGACGCCAAGACCGAGGCCGCAGUCCUCGACAACGUCCUCGGUCUGGCGAAGGCGCGCGGCGUGACCGUGCUCCUCGUCGCCCACUCGAAGGCCGCGGUGGCCAAGUGCGACUUCGCGUCCGUGCUGGCGGGCGGCGCCGUCGUCGAGACGGGCACCGUCGCGGUGUUGGCCCAGGACCCCAAGUCCAAGCUCGCCGCCGCCCUCGCCGCCGAGUAA